GUCACUUCCGGUUGCAAAAUGGCGGAAAUUUCGGAUGCUACCAGUGCAAAAAGAUUAAAAACUGACAUUGAUCCAAUUUUCCAGUCUUUCUGGAGAGACGGAGUGAAAAGAAAACAAAUUGAAAGGGCAAUUUCUGCUUUGGAAAAUGGAUCGGACGACUUGUCAUUCGGCGUUUUACAUUUGGACGUUUUAAAUGCGCAUAAAAAGCGUUCUUUUGCGGACGCUUUUAUCGAAUACAGCCCUUUGAAUUUGUAUUUGUACGCUGAUGAUAAAGCUUAUGGCUUUGAUGCGGGAGUACUCUUUGCAGACGGUUUGGAUAUUCUCAAGCAGUAUACUGACACAGAGAAACCAAAAAUUCCAUCAAAUAUCUUUGAGAGAAGGGCAUUGCAAAAUCUGCUUGGUUUUCUGUCAGAUGAAAAAGAUCAUGAAAUUUUGUUGGAUGAAAUGACAUCUGAGGCAGAUCAGUGUGUUAUACUUGCCCAGCAUCUUCUGUCAAGGCUGACAGUUGACAGAAACUACACUGUAACAUCAUACCCUGGAUUUACGACUGGAGGAACGAAAUGCCUAUGCAAACAAAAUGAUGAUUUAAUUGGGACAAUAGGAGAUACAAGCUAUGGCUGUGAGAAUGGAUGGCAUGGAAAUGCUGACAUAAUUCUUGAAGGAUCUGAUGUCCAAGUAGCUUACGUAAGACAAAAAGAAGAAGAGGAAGAUGUCACAGUUUCUUCUGUAUCAGAUUUGAACAGCAAGGACUAUAAGCGGGUUAUUGCACAGACAAUCGUGUUUUCAUUCUUGCAGAAAAAAAUGCAUGGAAACAAGUUGAAAAAUUGUUUAAUUCCAGGAGUAGGAAUCUCUCAGAAGAAAAUAAUAGUUUAUUUUUAUGAUUCAGAGAAUGACAUACUUCUUUCAACAAAGCCACUUCAACUUUUUCGUGAUGACGAAAUUGCUUCUUCCACUCUUGUAUUUCUAUGGCUUACUCUCAACUACAGACAGUUUUGUUCUGGCAUACCUGGUGCUCUAAAGAGGUAUAAAGCUGGAUUCUUAGACAAUCCUGUUUUACGUCAAAUGUAUAAUGGUGAGGUGGCUAGACCGAUGCAUGUAUGUGAUACAAAAGCAGACAGUAUGUUUCCGUGGUCUGAAAAAACAGUACCUUUGAAAAGUAACAAACCAACUGUAGAAUUUGUUGACCUAUUUCAACAACAAGAUGAUAGAUAAAAUAAAGAUCUUUAUUUGUAGCAUCUGAGCAUUAAACUGCAGCUUUUCUCAGAAUAACCCUGCUCUGCUUUAUGAACUGGCUUUCAGAGCUUGGACAGAGAAAUAACAUGAAUCAUUGGAUUCAUUGGAAAGUUAAAAAAGGAGACCUUACUGAAACAAAUGGAAUUAAUUUCUUUUAUUUUGAUUCAUUACAGAUGAAAAUGGAUUUGGCGUUGUUUCUUUUAUAAAUUUUCCCCAGUUAUCUUAUGAUCAUGUUAUUAUAAUAGCGGUCACACAUUAAACCGGAAUCCACCUAAAAACCAGAAUACACUUUGCAUAACCGGAAUACACCUGUAUUUUUUAAUUAAAAGGUAUUUUUGAAGUGUUUUUGAUAUAAUUCAAUCAUAUUUAACAUAAAUAAAUAUUAUAAUAGCUAUAUGACUAAUUACAAAGAUCUAAAUUAUCCAUGAGUGAAACACGGAUAACAAAUCACAUGGUAAAAUAUUAAUAGAGAAAGUCAUUUAUGUAAAUCUUGUAGCAAAUAUAAACCACUAGCGAAUCGGAAAAAUACUUUCUCUAUGUUGUAAUAGAUGUACAGAUAUAUAUAUAUAUGGGAUGUUCCAUGAGUAAACCUGUGUUAGUGACAUGAUAUGAUUAUUGUGUAAAAAAAAGUUUAAAAUACUGGAAAAUCAUUGUUUUUGUUAUGUUCAAGCAGAAAAUAGGAACAAGUAUAUCUAAGACAUAUUAAAUUCUACCAUAUUUUACAAAUAAUGUUAUUUGUUUUGUCAUGGCAACAUUCCAAAAUACAUAUGCACCAUGAAAGUAUAGCGGUAUAUAGAUAAAAGGCCUGUGUUAUACUGCUUUCAUGACAUUCUUAACAUCUCCUCUCUAAAUGCCUUCGGUUACUUACUUAAAAUCCAGAAGUUGUAGGUCUUUCAAAAGUGAAGAUAGUUUUUAAAAAAUUUUGGAUUUGGAAGGUAAAAAUGUGUUCUUCAUGAAUAUUUCGUUAUCUUAAUUUUUAUGUUUUUAAUCCCCCGCCACGAGUGGUGGGGGGUUAUAGGAAUGGUCUCCGUCUGUCCUUCCAUCUUCCGUCCUUCCGUAACAUUUCGUGUCUGCUCUGUAUCUUCUAAACCCCUUGAAGGAUUUUCAUGAAACUUGGGUCAAAUGAUAACCUCAUCAAGAUGAUGUGCAGAACCCAUGAGUCAGCCAUGUCAGUUCAAGGUCAAGGUCACAACUCAAGGUCAAAGGUUUCAAGGAUAACCAUGAAACUUGGAUCAAAUGUUCUCCUCAUCAAGAUGAUGUUCAGAACUCAUGAGUCAGCCAUGUCAGCUCAAGGUCAAGGUCACAACUCUGGGUCAAAGAUUUGAGGCUUCCAUUUUGUGUUCGCUCUAUAUCUCCUAAUCCCCUUGAAGGAUUCAUAUGAAACCUGGGUUAAAUGAUCACCUGUCCAAGACGAUGUGCAGAACUCAUGACUCAGCCAUGCUGGCUAAAGGUUAAGGUCACAACUUUGGGUCAAAGGUUUGAGCCUUCCAUUUUAUUUCCACCCUGUAUCUCCUAAACCACUUGGAGGAUUUUCAUCAAACUUAGGUCAAAUGAUCACAUCAUCAAGAACUCAUGACUCAGCCAUGUCAACUCAAGGUCAAGGUCACAACUCAAGGUCAAAAGUUUGAGCUCUGUAUCUCCUAAACCCCUUACAGGUUUUUCAUGAAACUUGGGCCAAAUGAUCACCUCAUCAAGAUGCUGUGCAGAAUUCAUGGGUCAGUCAUGUCAGUUCAAGGUUAAGGUCACGGCUCAUAGUCGAAGGUUUACCCUUUCACUUUCCAUAACAGUGGCAGGGGAUUUAGCUGUCUUUCAGACUGCCUUGUUGUCAUUAAUACAGGUUUUGUCAUGGAACAGCCUAAAUAGAUGCUUCAGGACAAUUGCACGGCAUUGAGUGGUGCAUUGGUCUCAGACUUCAUAGGAUGAUUGUCUGUGGUCUCUAGGCUUUUGUCUAUGGGGUCAGCAGAGUAAAGAUCAAUGUCACAAUGAUCUCAAAACUGAAAACGUUUUUUGCUCAGU